GAAGAUGAGCGGCAAAGCCAAAUACUUACCGCCCUCCCAAUUGUACGAUUCGAAGUAUUCAACUGUGCAGUACUUUAAUAGAUCCCUCGAAGAUCUAUACGAGAGCCUGAAGGAGAAAAAACUAGCCGAUAAACGCAAACAGAGGGAGUUGAAGAAAGCUAGGAGAAGGGAGUUCGACAUCCAACAAGGAAAAUUUUAUACGAUAUGCGCGAAAAUAUGGCGAAACACCUUCGGACAAUUUGGAGAAGAUUGGAUUUUCCUAGCUCUCUUAGGAAUUUUCGUGGCUAUUAUAAGCUACACCAUAGACCAAGGCAUAGCUAUGUGCGGCAAAGCGAGAAUGAUGCUGUAUACGGAACUGGCUGACAAGUAUUUCGCCAAAUGGGUCGCCUGGAUUUCCGUGCCAGUCUGUCUUAUCCUAUGGGACGUGGGUAUUACGUCACUCAUCGCGCCCAAAGCUGUCGGGUCCGGCGUUCCCCAAAUAAAAACCUGCUUGCGAGGCGUCUACCUCAAAGAAUUCCUCACGUUCAAGGUGCUGGCGGCCAAGUGGAUGGGUAUAACGGCCACCAUCGGAAGCGGUAUGCCUUUGGGUAAAGAAGGACCGCUGAUCCAAAUGUCUAGCAUAAUCGUCACAAAAAUGAGCAAGUUCUUAUCCAGUUUUAAAAGCAUGUACGCCAACGAGAACAAGAAGAUCGAGCUGAUUGGUGCCGCGUACGCCGUGGGCGUGGCUUGUACUUUUAACGCCCCUGUCGGAGGUGUCCUCUUCAGUGUGGAAAUAUCUACAGCGUAUUAUGCGGUGAGGAACUACUGGAGAGGAUUUUUCGCGGCCGUAUGGGGCGCCGCCGUCUACAGACUCCUUUACGUCUGGAUAGACGGGGCGGACACUAUAAGGGUGGUGUUCCCCACGAAUUUCGUCAAUCAAUUUCCUUACGAUCCUUGGGAAUUGGUCGCUUUCGCGGUAUUGGGGGUCCUCUGCGGAUGCGGCGGAUCUUUCUACAUAUUUUGCGCAAAGGGAUUUAAUCGGUGGCUUAAAAAUCAUAAAGUCAUCAGUAGGAUAAAGGAGUGCAAUCGCUUCGCGUAUCCGUGCUUCGUAGUAUUGCUCGUAUCGACGGUGACUUGGCCGCCCGGUAUUGGUCAAUUCAUGGCGGCAGAUCUGACGGCGCGGGACCAAGUCGUCCAGCUGUUUAGUGAUUUCAGCUGGACGUCUCCGAAUCACACAGUCGCUCAACAAGACGUCCUCAAACAUUGGACCACCAGGUACACGGGAAUCUACGCGAACUUGUCGAUUUUUAUAUGGUACCAGUUCGUCUUUUCGAUUUUGGCAGCGUCGAUGCCGAUCCCCUGCGGCACCUUUAUACCUAAUUUUCGAUCCGGAGCCGCGGUCGGAAGAAUCGUAGGAGAACUGAUGGUCACUUGGUUCCCCCAAGGGGUUAAAUACAAGGGCGCGAUGGCUAAUAUCCUGCCCGGCGCCUACGCCACUGUCGGCGCGUCCGCGUGGAGCGGCGCGGUAACCCACACGCUGUCGACGAGCGUCAUCCUUUUCGAGAUGACGUCGCAAAUCACCUACGUCAUACCGGUGCUGAUCUCUAACCUUAUAGCGAAUGGGAUCGCGCGCCUUUUCACGCCCAGUAUAUACGAUUUGGGAAUUCAAUCGGCAAAAUUGCCGUUCUUGCCCGACUUGUUGCCCAGCAGUAGCGGUAAGGUCGCGUAUUUUGUAAACGGACCCGGUAGACUCGCGUUUACGCUACCGCGACCGACCGAUAAAUUUCGCUCGUUUCGUGUUUUAGCGAUUUACCAGAUUUUCGUGGAAGAUUUCAUGGUGACGGACGUCAAGUAUGUGCACCUAGGGAUGUCUUACAAUGAUCUGAAACUGGUUUUGGUAGAGAAUAAGGCCGUGCGAAUGUUCCCCCUCGUAGAUAAUAACCGAAACAUGAUUCUGUUGGGAUCGAUAUCACGAGCCGAGCUUAUAUUUCUCAUAGAAAGACAAAUCGGGUUUGAAAAUCGGACCCAAUUGGUAAACAGGUCCAAUCUAGACGGCGACAAUGCAAGAGAAAAACUGACUUUCGAAGAUGUUAGAAAUACGAUUUUUGACCGGCAUAAUAUUCUUAAAUCCGGUGUUUUGAGAAAAUCCAUAUCGGCCAGGGAAAUGGUCCGUCAGGCUAUGACGGCCGUGAGAAUUUGCGACUUGCCGAAAAAAGAGCAGCAGUCGUGGGAAGAGGAACAAAUGAACCAGGACGUGGACUUUACGAAAUGUCACGUGGAUCCAGCUCCCUUCCAAUUGGUCGAAAGAACGUCUUUAUUAAAAGUACAUUCCUUAUUUUCAAUGAUGUCGAUUCAUACCGCUUAUGUUACCGCUAUCGGUAAACUGAUAGGGGUGGUUGGCGUGAAGGAACUCAGAAAAGCGAUCGAAGACGCCAACAACGGCCUACUGCCCAUCGACAGCGCGAAGCAACACGAAGAGGGCAUUCCACUUAUGAAGAAGUAAAAUGUAAUAUUUAUGUAAUUAAUUGCUAAAAUAAAUCGAGUAAAACUA